CUGUCAAGCAGGAUGACAUUCAACAGAUGAACCCUCCCAAAUUUGACAUGAUGGAGGACAUUGCUAUGCUCACGCACCUGAAUGAAGCGUCGGUGCUCUCUAAUCUGGGGAGGCGAUACAGCAGUUGGAUGAUCUAUGUCGGUACCAUCACACCACAGCUCAAAGCAAAGAAAUGAUGUGCCCUUUCUCACUAAUCUUUGAUGCCACAAAUAACCUGACCUGAGCAUUAAACAUAGAGCGCUGGCACUAUUCAUAGAACUUUACAGUCACUGUUAUGAAUUUAUCACUUGCCUUGCCAAGGCACAAAUACAAGUGAAUUCUCCAGAGGCGUGUCCUUUAUAGGCCUAACUGACACUGUCAAAGGACAUCCCUAAUUUCAUCACACAGAGGUUUCUGCUUCUUGAAGAAGUUACUUUGAAUUAUUUGGACAAUGUUGAAAAACUACAUACAGUACAUUAUAUGCCAAGACACCAUUGAUGUGACUGUUUUUGCAUAAAUUUGGAUUAAAAUAUUUUUGGUUGUCCUGAUUAGAGAUCUGAGAUUAAUCCUGAUGAAUUUCAUUUCUUUCUCUCAUAACAGACUUACUCUGGGUUGUUCUGUGUGACCAUGAAUCCAUAUAAAUGGCUUCCCGUCUACACUUCCCCCGUCGUGGCCGCCUACAAAGGCAAACGCCGUUCUGAGGUUCCACCUCAUAUCUAUUCGAUUGCAGACAAUGCCUACAAUGACAUGCUUAGGAAUCGUGAGAAUCAGUCCAUGCUAAUCACGCUCCUACCACUAAAACUGGGGGUACUUUAGAGGACCAAAUCAUUGAAGCUAAUCCUGCAAUGGAGGCUUUUGGAAACGCCAAAACAGUGAGGAACGACAACUCCUCCCGUUUUGGUAAAUUCAUCAGAAUCCAUUUUGGAGCAACAGGGAAACUGGCUUCCUCUGAUAUUGACAUCUAUCUCUUGGAAAAAUCCAGAGUAAUAUUUCAGCAACCGGGAGAGCGAAGCUAUCACAUCUACUACCAGAUCAUGUCGCAGAAGAAGCCUGAACUUCUUGACAUGCUCCUGGUCUCCUCAAACCCCUUUGACUACCACUUCUGCUCCCAAGGAGUGACAACGGUGGAGAGCAUGGAUGACGGGCAGGAGCUUAUGGCUACUGAUCAUGCCAUGGACAUCCUUGGCUUUACUCCAGAAGAGAAGUAUGGCUGCUAUAAAAUAGUAGGUGCCAUCAUGCACUUUGGGAACAUGAAGUUCAAGCAGAAGCAGCGUGAGGAGCAGGCAGAGGCUGACGGCACUGAAAGUGCCGAUAAGGCUUCCUACCUGAUGGGUGUUAGCUCAGCUGACCUCAUAAAGGGUCUUUUACACCCUCGAGUCAAGGUUGGCAAUGAGUAUGUGGUAAAAGGACAGAAUGUUGAUCAGGUUACCUAUUCAGUAGGAGCUUUGGCCAAAGCCACGUACGACCGCAUGUUCAAAUGGUUGGUGGGGCGUAUAAAUAGAACGCUCUACACCGUCCUGCCCCGACAGUUCUUUAUCGGAGUGCUGGACAUCGCCGGCUUUGAGAUCUUCGAUCUCAACAGCUUCGAGCAGCUCUGCAUCAACUUCACCAAUGAGAAACUGCAACAGUUUUUCAACCACCACAUGUUCAUUCUGGAGCAGGAGGAAUACAAAAGGGAGGGCAUCGAGUGGACCUUCAUUGACUUUGGGCUUGACCUUCAAGCCUGCAUUGACCUCAUUGAAAAGCCCUUAGGAAUUAUGUCCAUCCUUGAAGAGGAGUGCAUGUUCCCUAAAGCUAGUGACAGCAGUUUCAAGGCGAAGCUGUAUGAUAACCACCUUGGCAAGUCCGCCAAUUUACAAAAGCCAAGGCCUGACAAGAAGCGUAAAUAUGAGGCUCAUUUCGAGCUGUUGCACUAUGCAGGAGUGGUGCCAUACAAUAUUAUUGGCUGGUUAGACAAAAACAAAGACCCCCUGAAUGAAACGGUGGUGACAUGUUUUCAGAAAUCAUCCAAUAAACUCUUAGCAAGUCUAUAUGAGAAUUAUGUUGGCUCUGAUAUAGCCUCUGACACAAAGACAGGAGGCAAAGAAAAGAGGAAAAAGGCGGCUUCCUUCCAGACCAUGUCACAGCUACACAAGGAAAGUCUGAACAAGCUGAUGACAAACCUGCGAAGCACUCAGCCCCAUUUUGUGCGCUGCAUCAUCCCCAACGAGACCAAGACUCCAGGGGUCAUGGAUAAUUUUCUGGUGUUGCACCAGUUGCGCUGUAAUGGAGUGCUGGAGGGAAUUCGGAUUUGUAGGAAGGGAUUUCCAAACAGAAUCCUCUACGCUGAUUUCAAACAACGAUACCGUAUUCUGAACCCUCACGCCAUCCCUGAUGACACAUUUGUGGACAGUAGAAAGGCAGCUGAGAAGCUGCUAGGUUCACUGGAUAUCGACCAUAAUCAGUACAAAUUUGGUCAUACUAAGGUGUUCUUCAAAGCUGGUCUGCUGGGACAUUUGGAAGAGUUGAGGGACGAGCGCCUAGUUAAAAUCCUCACCCUUCUGCAGGCCGCCAGCCGGGGGAAGAUCAUGAGGAAGGAGCGGAAUAAGAUAACAGAGAGAAGGGAGGCUCUGAUGAUCAUCCAGUGGAAUAUUCGGGCUUUCAACUUUGUGAAGAACUGGCUGUGGAUGAAGCUGUUCUUUAAAAUUAAGCCCCUGCUGAGGAGCGCAGCCACCGAAAAAGAGCUGGCCACUCUGAAAGACGAGUUCCUCAAGAUAAAAGAGGCACUCGAGAAAUCAGAGUCCAAACGUAAGGACCUGGAGGAGAAACAAGUCAGCCUGAUCCAAGAGAAGAAUGACAUUUCUCUUCAGCUUCAGGCGGAGCAGGAUAACCUUGCAGAUGCAGAAGACCGAUGUGACCUUCUUAUCAAGGCCAAGAUCCAGUUUGAGGCCAAAGUAAAAGACAUGACUGAACGUCUGGAAGACGAGGAAGAGAUUAACAGCACCAUUCAAGCAAAGAAACGCAAGCUGGAGGAUGAGUGUGCCGAGCUUAAGAAGGACAUCGAUGACUUGGAGAUUACCUUGGCCAAAUUGGAGAAGGAAAAACAUGCCACUGAGAACAAGGUGAAGAACCUGAUCGAAGAGAUGGCAGUAUUGGAUGAAACCAUUCUGAAAUUGACCAAAGAGAAGAAAGCCCUACAGGAGAGUCACCAGCAGACUUUAGAUGACUUGCAGACUGAGGAAGACAAAGUCAACACUCUUACUAAGGCCAAAGCCAAGCUGGAGCAGCAAGUAGAUGAUCUCGAGGGGUCCCUGGAGCAGGAAAAGAAAUUGCGAAUGGAUCUUGAACGGGUCAGACGUAAACUGGAGGGGGAUCUCAAGCUGGCCAUGGAAUCUGUCAUGGACUUGGAAAAUGACAAGCAGCAGUUAGAAGAAAAGCUUAAAAAGAAAGAUUUUGAAAUGAACCAGAUCACUUCAAAGAUAGAAGAUGAGCAAAUCCUAAUAAUCCAGCUUCAAAAGAAGAUCAAGGAACUGCAGGCUCGUAUUGAGGAACUUGAAGAGGAACUGGAGGCAGAACGCUCCACCCGGGCCAAAGUAGAAAGACAGCGAUGCGAUGCCUCCAAAGAGCUGGAAGACCUCAGCGAGCGUCUCGAGGAAGCAGGAGGUUCCACCUCUGCUCAGAUUGAGAUCAACAAGAAACGAGAGGCAGACUUUCUGAAACUACGCCGUGACCUGGAGGAGGCCAUGCUGCACCAUGAGGCUAUGACCUCUGCCGUGCGCAAGAAGCACGCGGACAGCGUGGCCGAACUGAGCGAGCAAAUUGACAGCCUUCAGCGUGUCAAACAGAAGCUGGAGAAGGAGCGAAGCGAGGCCAAGAUGGAAGCCGAUGACCUCGCCUCAAAUUUAGAGCAGCUGGCAAAGAGCAAGGCUAACACUGAGAAAAUGUGUCGUCUGUAUGAGGAUCAGAUGAGCGAGUCCAAAGCUAAAGCGGAAGAACUUCAAAGACAGCUCUAUGAUACGAACACACACCGAGCAGGGGCUCUGGCUGAAAGCGCUGAGCUGGGCAGAAAGCUAGAGGAACGGGAAUCUUUGGUGUCUCAGCUUCAGCGAUCCAAGAACUCACUCAGCCAGAACAUUGAGGAGCUCAAGAGACAACUGGAUGAUGAAACUAAAUCAAAAAGUGCCUUAGCCCAUGCCUUGCAGUCAUCCAGACAUGACUGUGAUUUACUAAGAGAGCAAUAUGAUGAAGAACAAGAGAACAAAUCUGAGCUCCAACGUGCCCUGUCCAAGGCCAACAUGGAGGUUGCCCAGUGGAGGAUCAAGUAUGAGACGGAUGCCAUCCAGAAGACGGAGGAACUGGAAGAAGCAAAGAAAAAGUUGGCCGUCCGCCUCCAAGAGGCUGAAGAACACGUCGAGGCAUCAAAUGCCAAGUGCUCCUCUCUAGAAAAGACCAAACACAGGCUGCAGUCAGAGAUUGAGGACCUGGGGGUUGAUCUGGAGCGCUCCAGUGCCGCCGCCGCUGCCUUAGAUAAAAAGCAGCGUCAGUUUGACAAGAUUUUAGCAGAAUGGAAGCAGAAAUAUGAGGAAUGUCAGUCCGAGCUGGAAUCUUCCCAGAAGGAAUCUCGAAGUCUGAGUACUGAGCUUUUCAAACUCAAGAACUCUUAUGAGGAAGCUCUGGACCAGCUGGAGACCAUCAGACGAGAAAAUAAAAAUCUUCAGGAGGAGAUUUCUGACCUGACGGACCAAAUCAGUCAGGGUGGAAAGACUAUUCAUGAACUUGAGAAGAUCAAGAAGGGCUUGGAUUUGGAGAAGAGUGAGAUUCAUGCUGCGCUAGUGGAGGCUGAAAGCACCCUAGAGCACGAGGAGAGUAAGACUCUGCGUCUACAGCUGGAGUUCAACCAGAUCAAAGCAGGCAUUGACAGGAAACUGGCUGAGAAAGAUGAGGAAAUCGACAACCUGCGGCGUAACCAUCAGCGUGCCAUAGAGUCGAUGCAAACCAGUCUCGAUGCAGAAGCAAAAUCCCGCAAUGAGGCCAUCAGGCUAAAGAAGAAGAUGGAGGGAGACCUGAAUGAAAUGGAGGUCCAGCUAAACCAUUCCAAUCGCAUGGCCACUGAAUCCCAAAAAAUGGUUCGCAAUCUGCAGACACAGAUUAAGGACCUUCAGAUAGAGCUGGAUGAGAUCCUUCACCAGAAGGAAGAUCUGAAGGAACAGGUUGCCGUUACUGACCGCAGAAAUAACCUCUUGACCGCUGAGGUGGAAGAACUGAGAAGCCAGCUGGAGCAGAACGAUCGUGCACGUAAAUUGGCUGAAUAUGAGCUCCUGGAAUCAUCGGAGAGGGUGAAUCUUCUGCAUGCACAGAACACAUCACUGCUUAAUCAAAAGAAAAAGCUGGAGAGUGACCUCACCACGUUGUCCACCGAGGUGGAUGAUGCUGUGCAGGAGUGCCGAAAUGCAGAAGAGAAAGCCAAAAAGGCUAUUACUGAUGCUGCAAUGAUGGCGGAGGAGCUCAAGAAAGAGCAAGACACCAGUGCUCAUCUGGAACGCAUGAAGAAGAACAUGGAGCAGACAGUCAAGGAUCUGCAGAUGCGUCUGGAUGAGGCUGAGCAGAUUGCUCUGAAAGGGGGCAAGAAGCAAAUCCAGAAACUGGAAAGAAGGGUUAGGGACAUGGAGAGCGAACUGGAAUCCGAACAGAAAAAAGGCAAUGAAUAUCAGAAGGGAAUUCGCAAAUAUGAGCGAAGGAUCAAAGAUCUCACCUACCAGACCGAGGAGGACAGGAAGAACAUCAACCGUCUUCAAGAGCUUAUAGACAAGCUGCAGGCAAAAGUCAAGACCUACAAGAGACAGACAGAGGAGGCGGAGGAACAGGCCAAUACAAACCUGACCAAGUAUAAAAAGGUCCAGCAUGAGCUGGACGAUGCUGAGGAACGAGCCGAGAUGGCAGAGUCUCAAGUGAAUAAAAUUCGUACCCGCACAAGAGACCCAAGCAGUAAAGGCGGUCCAAAGCUUGCAGAAUGAAGACACCGAUUUACUUGUAUCAAAAGCACAGCAUACAGCUGCAACAGUUUGUGUGACUGUCAAGUAAAAAAGCAAGAAUUCAAUUUUCAGAUUAAGAAUUUUGCCAGUUUUGUUGAUGUUCUACUUACUACUAAACAAUAGUACUUUGGUUUUAACUUUGAAAGAUAAAAUCUGCUCAAACUUGGUUGACGAGGUAAAAUGAGCUGUUUUUCAUUAUUAUGUGUAUAAGUUUGAGUUUUAUCACAUUGUCAAGGAAAAAAAAUUAUCACUAACAACCAUUUGAUCAGCCAAAGGAAAAAGCUUUAGAAAUAAAGAAAAUUCCCAAUAUUUUUUUUCCCUUUGUGUUCAGACACUGAAAGAGGGAAGCGUGAAUGUUAUAAAAAAUGACAAAACAUAGGCCAUUUUUGGAAUUAUAACGCAGUAAUAUUUAAUAAAAAAUUGAGUCAAUUCAAGUGGCAGUAUAAUACUGCCAACGAAAAAAGUUAAGAGACCAAGCCAUUUCUGAUUUUAAAAUGUACUAUGCUUUGAACUACUAACAAUAUUUCUCACAAAUUUCAAAUGAAAAUUUUGUUUCUAUUUGCAAUAACUUUAAAACUGAAAAAAAAGCUCUGUACUUUAUUAGACCAAAAAUACUGGAGACAAAGUAGGUUCAUGUUCACUUUUGAGCAAUACACCAGUGAAAAUUGUAUUUAGGAAAAAUUCUGUCUCCGUCUUUCAUAUUGCUGUUGGAUGACUUUGUCACUCCUGAUGUUUGAUUUUGUUGAAAUUUAACAGAUACUGGACUGAAAUGGUCACAAUACAUCUAGAAAUGUCGAUUGAAUAAAAACUUGGAAUGAUAUCUUAA